UUAUUUUGUUUUAAUUUACAGAAAGAUACUUCCAUCGAGGAAAGAACUCUCGCUCGUCUAAUAAGUCAUAAAAAAGUUCAAGAGAAAAUUGCACAGUUUCGUAGUGAAAAUCCUGAAUUACAAACACUUUUACCCUCAGUUUUAAAGAAAUGGGAAAAAAGAAGUUUAUUAAAAGUUAAAACAGCAAAUGCCGGUAAGAAUGAUAUAAAUAAAGUAAAUCGUGAGUGUGAUUCUGAAAAUGAUAACAGUUUAGAAAAUUCAGAAAACACAAACAAGCAAAAUGAAUUAGAAAAAGAAAAAUUAAACAGUAUGUCCAAUUCAAAAAAUAAGCAAAGUUUUCCAAAAAAAGAAAAAUUAAAAAAAAUUCAAAGUAUGUCUGUAUCAGAGACUGACAAGGAUCAGGUCGAUGAUACUAUUGGUGAGACAAUUAAAAAUAUUCCUGCAAAAAGAUUGUGCAAAGAAAUAAAAGAAAUUCCCAACAAAGUUGAAGGAAGUAUGCAAAUUCUUCAGAUAGAUUUGGAUAAAUUGAAUAAGGAUGAUGAUAUUUUCAUUAAUUCUGCAGUGCAAGAUGACAUUUCUAAAUUUGACUUAACCAAACAAAAGUUAUUGGAUUCUUUUUUCUCAAAUGGAAAUGACAGCGAUGGAGAUAAUUCAGACAAUAACAAUGAUGACAAUAGUGAACAUUCUGUUUCAGAAAAUGAAUAUCCUAUUCACUCAAAGAUGAAAACUCAGUUUGUUAGCAGUUUAUCAAACAAUAGAAGAAAAUUUCCUAGUAAAGUUAAACCAAAAUCAUUUUCUAAGCAAGUUCACAACAAAAGAACAACAAGAAAGUCGGAAAAAGGAAAAGAAAAUUCAAGAGAGAAUAAUCUUUCUUCUUUUAAAAGCAACAAAAGAAGAGAAGAUUUAAAUCAAGAAUCCAACCUUCAUCCAUCAUGGGAAGCAAAGAAAAAACAAAAGACCAAAAUUCUGCCUUUUCAGGGUAAAAAGAUUAAAUUUGAUGUGGACGAUUAAUUUAUUUUUCUAAUAUAACUCAUUUUAUUAUAUGUACAUUUUUAAAUAAAUUUGUUGUCAAAUAAAUGUUUAUUAAUCUUGAUUGUACUAUUGCGAGGUUGUACAAAAGUAUUAAAUUCCCCUGAUAAACUGCUCAAUCACAUAUACAGUUGACCCUCCUAUAAUGCUGUUGAUUAUUCCAUUUUAUAUGAAUUC